AUGAGCGGAAAGGAGAAACCUCAGUGGGAGCAGAUAAGCGCCGCCAAGCGCAAGGCGCUGCUCGCGUCUCUUGAGGGUUUAAUACCGGACCCUGACAUCCUCCCUCCGGACUCCCAACUCGAUGUAACAAGCUUCCCGGCCAGCUCAGGAUGGUUCAAGGAACGGGAGUUGGAGAUCACGGCGGCCAGUGCAUCAUUGAUCUUGACCAAUAUCAAGGGCAGAACAUGGAGUGCGGAGGAGGUUACCAGGGCCUUCUGUAAGAGGGCGGGCCUAGCGCAUGUACUGGUCAAUUGUCUAUCCGAGACGCUCUUCGACGAAGCUAUCGCUACUGCCAAAUCCCUCGACUCCCAUCUCAAUUCGACCGGUGAGACCGUCGGUCCUCUCCAUGGCCUCCCAAUCUCCCUGAAGGACAACUUCAACAUCAUAGGCAAAGACUCCACAGUUGGCUUCGUGUCCUGGGUCAACGAUCCGGCCAAGUACAACAGCAACAUCGUAGACCUACUUCGCGAUGCCGGAGCCGUGCUCUACGUCAAGACGAAUGUCCCCACCGCCAUGAUGAUUCCCGAGACGGUCAACAACGUGUUCGGCCGCACAGUCAAUCCGUUGAACCGCAGCCUCACUUCUGGCGGAAGCUCGGGCGGUGAGUCAGCCCUCGUAGCAUUCGGCGGCAGCCCGUUGGGUGUUGGCACGGAUAUUGGAGGCUCUCUGCGCAUACCUGCAGCAUGUACGGGCAUCUUCACUCUGCGGCCUUCCUUUGGCCGUUUCCCAACGCUACGAGCACGCACCGGGUUGGCGGGACAGGAGGCUGUCAACAGCGUCAACGGGCCCAUGGGCCGGACUCUGGAAGACAUCGUGCUCCUUUCCAAGGUCAUAGUCAACAGUGAGCCAUGGCAUAAAGACCCGAAGUGUCUGCCGAUACCCUGGCAUCCCGUCGAAGCUAAGACGAAGCUGAAGCUGGGCGUGCUGUGGGAUGAUGGCAUGGCCAAACCUACGCCACCCGUCCAGCGAGCGCUCAAAGAGACGGUAGAGAAGCUCAAGAAGGCCGGACAUGACAUCGUAGACUGGGCACCAGACGGCCAUGCACAAGCACUAGGGAUCCUCGGCCGCAUGUUCGUAGCCGACGGCGGCAAGAGCAUAAGGAAGAUACUAGAACCGGUGAACGAACCGUGGAGGCCGGAGAUGGAGUACUAUACAAAGGCACAGGAGCUGGGAGUCUAUGACAUGUGGCAGCUGCAGCUCGAGCGGAGCGAGCUGUGCAAGCAGUACCUGGACCGAUGGCACGCUUGCGAUGGACUAGAUGCCAUUCUUGCACCAACCACACCGUAUGCGAGCGUUGAGAACGGGAAAUUCAAGCACGUUGGGUACACUGGGGUUUAUAACAUCUUAGACUACUCGGCGGUGUCGUUUCCCUGCGGAGUUACUGCGGAUAAGGAUCUCGAUCAGUCAACUGGGGAGGAGCCUCUUGGUGACAUGGACGCUGAAGUACAAAACAACUAUGACGCAGCCAACGUUCAUGGUAUGCCGGUGAGCCUGCAGCUUAUCGCGAAGAGGUUGGAGGAAGAGAAGGUCCUCUCAAUGACGGAAACGAUCCUCAAGGCCCUGUAA